CAGAAAAAAAAGAGGAAGCGCCUUCAGCCAAAACCUCUCUUCGGUUUUAUUUUGAGACACUCUAGACUUUCCCAAGUGAAGCUGGACUUCUAUGCGUGCAUCCGUUUGAGGAAUGAUUUCUCUUAACACGACACCGCUGACCUUCACAGAAGCGAUGGAAAUGAACUACAGUGACGGUCUGAACGACUCGUACGAAUAUAUAGAAGGUGACUUAAUUGUACAGUGUCAUAUGGAGAAAUAUGAUCGAAUCACAGGAAUAAGUUACAUCGUCAUCUGUUGCUUUAGCUUUCUCGGGAAUGGCAUGCUCCUCUUAGGUCUGGCCUGCUUCGAAGAUCUCAGAAGGGUCACCAUGCGUUUUUUGUUCUUCUUGGCGCUCUUUGACCUGUUGUUCACGCUGACCAUUCCCUUCUGGGCUGUUGAGAACAUGGUGGAGUGGAUCUUUGGGCAUAUUGCGUGUAAGAUCCUGACCGGGGCGUAUUUUGUUGGAAUAUACGGAAGCCUCAUUCUAAUGACGGCCAUGACGAUCGACUGCUUCUUUUUUAUCGUUGUGCGCAGCCGGUGGUUAACUCAUAGCAGACGGCUCAACUGUGCAAAAGCAGCUUUCGCAGGGUCGUGGAUCAUCAGUGUAUCAGCCUCUCUGAAAGACGCCCUGUCCUCCGAGGUUAAGACGGUGAAUUCUGUCCAAACCUGUGACACCACGGCUUCUCAACACGACCACGCAGGUUACUACACACAGCUUAUCAUGCUCUUCGUCAUUCCGCUGGUGAUCAUCAUCCUGUCCUACGGUAAAAUCCUGCACACUCUCUUGUCGAGCACGGGCCGGACGAGGUACAAGACGUUCAUUGUGGUUUGGCUCAUCAUCAUGGCGUUUGUCAUAUGUUGGGGACCUUAUCAUGUGGUCAUAAUCCUGAUGCCGCUUCUUUCUGAUAAGGAUUGCGAAAAAGGCAAUCAGCUCCACCGAUCCUUUGUCGCCUGUCGGAUCCUUGCGUAUUCUCACUGCUGCAUCAAUCCACUGUUGUUUCUGAUCCGAGGAAGGCCCAGAAGAAUCCUGUCCAGCUUACUGUUCCGCAAGACGCGACACAGGAGCCUUCAACCCUCAGACAGAUCUUCUGACCCCAGCCACUUCAUCCAACAGCACUUCAGCAGGGCGAUUCCACAAAAUGUAACAGAGCUCAAAUCAAUUUAGGAAAUGAGAACGAAAUCAAACAUUUCUCCUUUUUUGUGUGAGUGAUUCCUAUAUUUUUACACGUGAAAAUAUUAUACAGAGUUAAUAUGGAGUUGAUAUGGAAGUAUCUUAUUUCAAAAAUGACAUUUUACAGUAUAUUACAACAUCCUAUAUAAAAUCCUCCUUAUUUUUUAUAUCUGGAUUUGUUACUAUAUAAUAUAUUUUUUUUCCCUUUGUGUGUUUUGCAUUAAUGUUUUUAUAAGCUAUUUUUUUUUUGUGUGUUGACUUAACAGAUAAAGAUUUUUUUUUCUUUUUAGUACUUAGUGCUGGAUUUACCAUUCAUUUCUUUAGAACGUAUUUUUUUUUUAAUUAAUUUUACAUUUUAUUUUCUUCUCUUUUUUAAAAAAUUUUAAUUGUAUUACUGUAAAUAACUUUACACUGUAUUUCAUACACACACACACACGCACACACACACGCACUUAAAAACACACACAUUUCAAUUCAAAAUUGAAACUAUUUAAACAACAGCAGAGGAGGUGUUAUGUCGAGUGUUAUGUCUUUCAGUUUUAACACUUAUCACUUUUAGUCAUCUCUUAUUGUCUCAAAAGCAAAAAAUCUUUUGCACCAAAUGACGGCACGUUUUCUCAGUUAAUAGAUUAUUAGUACGAGCAUCUUAGCUUAGAUGAUGUAGAUGGAAAUCACCGCACAAAUUUGGCAAAAUUUACAAAGUUACAUAACACUUUUAGCGUUUUAAACUGACACUGAAUGUCAGUUGUCAUCACUGACUUUCUUUGUUGUUUUUGUUUUUUUUUUCUCUUUUUUUUAAAGGUUAUUUUUUUUUGGUAAUUUAAUUCAGGCUUUAGUAACAUAUCUAGCAUGCUAAAAUAGAAUGUUUCAUAUAUUAAUAUAUGUAUAAAAUAGAUAUAAAACAUUUGUCAUUUAAACUAGAAAACAGGAACAUUUAGCUUUCAGACCAACACAAAGCGCAAACUCUAUGUGAAUUUCUAAUUUAUAAAAUAAAUAUAAAAAGGUUAUUUUAGGGGAGAAUUCUAGGUCAGUUAAUCAUGCUAAAACCAAACCGUCUGAAUGUUUUGUAUCUCCUGACAAUUUUUGUUUAUGUGACAAAAUGCGAUUUCCUCAUAUCAGUUAAUAGGUUAUUAGUACGAGCAUCUUAGCUUAGAUGAUGUAGAUGUUGCAUUUGAAAUAAAUAAGGUUGUUUACAGGAAAUCACCGCACAAAUUUGCCAACAUUUACAAAGUUACGUAACACUUUUAGCGUUUUAAAUUGACACUGAAUGUCAGUUGUCAUCACUGACUUUCUUUGUUGUUGUUUUUUUUUUUCUUUUUUCUUUUUUUAAAGGUUAUUUUUUUCAUUAAUUUAAUUCAGGCUUUCAUUGCGAGUGCAAACUCCUGAAGACUUUCCCAAGCCGUAAAAAUCUUAUUCAGUGUUGCAGGGCCCUUUAAAAUAAUGAUACAUAACGAUAAUGAAAAUGAUUCGUACAGAAAAUGUCAUCAUUUCAACGAUGGUAUAUUUUUCUUUGUUUUAAACACUCGCAUUUUUAAAAAUCAGUCACAGAUUAAAGGAAACACGAAAGUCCCUGCCUGUGCAUUCGCAGUUACUAUAGAAAUGCUAACGUGAGAUAAAAUGAGAGCAUUAAUAUAAACCUUGCAGGCUGAACUAUAAUCAGAGGUGUUGUUAUAUAUAUAUAAAAAAAAAUGGAAUCAAGUGAAUCCUUAAACACAUCAAUCCUUAAGGGCUUUCUUUUUUUUUUUUUUUUUUUGGUCUUUACUUUUUAUGCUACGUUGGUUAGCAAAUACACAAUAACGUAAUCAGCUGCUACUGUAUCUGUUGGUUUCAGCGAGAUGUCUGAUUCAAUUAGAUAAAGCUCUCGCUUCUGAUCAGCUGUCGACUCACUAAAAAGCUCUUUUCUUUCUUAUAUGUCUUAUAGAUGGCAGGUGUCGACAAAAAUAUAUAAACCAUGAACGAGA